GAUCAACCCUGAAACCUUACAAAAGCAGAAAAGGCAAGAUGCUUCCGGUGCCUGACUGCCAAUCGACGGCAUAAGUUUCCCGUACAAGACUAGCAUCCAUUCCUCAUCCAGAAAGGCAGAACCUACCAUCACGGCUCGUUCCUCCACCCAUAAUUUUGCAGUGCAACACCAACACUGGACUCGAGCAGACGUACACACCAGCCAAACCAACACUGGUCAUCACUGCAACCAAUUAUCCAGUAGCUGCACCAACUUAUCCGCUUAGCACCGUGCUUUCCCAGCUUUUCUUUAAAGCACUAUAUUCUCCUCAUUUCAGACAGAAUAAAUUACCAACCUGAGUUUGAAAUUCGUUGCAGCAAUUUACCUUCUGCUCUGCACGUUAGUAUAAAGGGAGAUUCCUCAAGGUCCAAUUGACAACAGGAAUUCUUCAAACCAGACACUAGUUAUCAACCAGAGAAUCUGCUUUGCCCCCAAACUUUGCCGGGCCUUACUGGACUCGAUCAUUGAAGGCCAAUAUUUCAUCCACAAAACAUUGCCUUCAUUCUCUAUAAAACCUCCCUAGUUCCCCCACCGAUCAAAGCACCAGCUUAAGUUCCCAACACCAAAGCAAUGGCCUCCAACUUUGCUCCUGAUGCAUGGGCUUGGAUCACCAGCCUCCCCCAGUUCUCCCAGUGGCGCACCAAUGCCAUGUCCCUUUGUAUUUGCAGCACACCAUCGGCACUCGCGUCAUCACAGCCAACGAUGAACCUCUCGAUUGUGAAAAACCCUCCCAUCCUCCAGCCAUCCUAUGUUACCUUCUCCAUCUUUGCAAACUACAGUGUGCCGAUUUCCCUGUGGACGUCAAAACCAGUCCACCUGAAAACAAACACACAGCAAACUCUAGAUGAACAAGAUAUGAUACAGGUGUUCGUCGACAUUGUCAACUCAGUCCUGAGGUAUGGCCCAGACAAGAAAUCAUCCUUUCGGUUCCCUGGGGCACAGCAUCAUGGCAACUUCAAGGAUGUGUUCAACAUAGUUUUCUUGUCCCUGGCCUUCCUGGUUUGCAUCUAUGAGGCUCCUCGUGACCUCCGCCCUGGAUGCUUGGAUUCAUUGAGAGCCCAGCUUACUGGUUCAAAGUGCAGAACUGCUGCAAAGAACCUUGUUAAAAUGCUUGGUGCAAACCUUGAGGACCAGUGGAUGCAGACAAUGAAUCUUGCAGUAACUAACUGGGUUCUCGAGCUUAGAUCCUCAAACCACUCAUUUGGAGUGUCAUCGCCACUGUUCUCAUAUGCCCUCUCGGCAAGCGGGCUCUGGAAGGUGCAGCUGUACUGCCCAGUCAUAGCCAUGGGUAUGGAAGAGCCUGCAGAAGCAACACAGGAUGAGCGCCUUCUCUUCUCACUAGUUUAUCAGCAAGUCGAAUGUGUGAUUCAGCUAGCUUACAGAACAGUCAGAAGGGACAAUUGGAUAGACAUUGAAGUGAAGGUGGAUAACAUAAGGUGUGAUGUGGACUCUUUGGUCUCUGAGACCCUCAUGGCAGAACGCGGAUAUGGCUCCGAGGAGAAGCACUUCCCAUCGCGUGUCAUGCUGCAAAUCACACCUAUGCAACAAUCCGAUGUACUAUCUGUAUCAGUCGGCAAGUCCAACGAUAACCCAACACAUGAGUUCGGUAUUGAGAAGGGCUUUGAGGGUUCAUUCGAUCCCCCAAACUCAUUUGGUAUUAAGGCAUCUGUCACUGAAAGCCUUACACUGGCCAUAAGGCCCUGGAAAUUUGAACAGUCUGUUCAUGGCAACACUGCAACCUUGAAUUGGUUUCUUCACGAUGGUGUAAAUGGAAGGGAGGUUUAUUCUUCAAAGCCUUCAAAGCUUUCGCUGCUUCAGCCAAGAGCCUGGUUCCGUGACAGAUACUCAAAUGCAUACCGCCCAUUCACAAAGCAGGGUGGCGUCAUUUUUGCACGUGAUGAGUAUGGAGACAGUGUCUGGUGGAAGAUCUGUGGUGCAACAUUAGGAAAAACUAUGAACUGGGAGAUCCGGGGCUGGAUUUGGCUAACCUACUGGCCUAACAAACAAAGGACCUUUCACAGCGAAACAAGGUGGCUUGAAUUCAGAGAAAGCGUGCAACUUCCCCUAACAAAUUUUUCAUAAAUCACUUGUAAUCUGAAUAAUUGUAUAGCUGUGUGGCAUCUAAGUAUUGAAAAGUCCAUGCAUGUAUCAGGCACAAAAAGUAAGAUUAUCUAUUGUAACUGAAUGUGCCGUUACAGAGAAAUAACUUCCUCAUAUGACCGAUUGAGCAAUUUAAUGCAAUCCUAAAGUCUUAUUUGGUGUUCUCAAAA